AUGCAGGCUCCCUACGGCGAUGCAAAUUACUCCCGUACAAACGGUCAGUGCACCGAAGAGUUUUCCCGGGAGAGAGAAGAGAGUCCUCCGCCGUCGCGUUUUGGAUCUAGGACUCCUCUCGCGGCGGAAGAGCAGGCAAGCGACGAAGGCUGCGACAGAGGCAUCCACCCGGUGUGCAAGAUGAGCCACCCCGAGCAGACCCUUGAGUUCGCCAUUGAUUGCAUGCUUCCAGCCAGCACGGAUCUGAGGAGCCUUGCUGAGGGCCUCCCAGUGGACGUGGGCAACGAACCGGUGUGUGGCCAGAACUUUAUGACGAGUUCAUCUGUGAUGCCACCUCCAGAGGGAAAUGAUGAGGACGUCGAGGAGAUAGAUGGUGAGCAGUUUGCCGAUGGCACUGCCAACAAGAAAGGAAAUUCACAUCGUGGAAAGUCAUUCUUACCACAAGAGGACAGGGUUAUAGUGUCCGGGUGGCUGAACAUUUCUAAAGAUGCAAGCACAGGUGCAUCCCAGACCGCAAAUGCCUUCUAUGCUCGGCUGCAUCGUUAUUUCCUUGAGAAUUGGGACAUGCAAAGCCAGAGGAGCCAAGUCUCCAUUCAAAAUCGAUGGACUGCCAUUCGAAAGGCAGUUAACAAGUUCCAAGGGAUCCUGUCUGCUAUUCAGAGAACGAAUGAGAGUGGCAAGACCGACCAGGACAAGAUUAAUGAUGCUAUCAGAGCUUAUGAGGAGAAAAAGCCAUGGCAGUUCGCACAUUGUUGGGAGAUUUUGAGGAGUGAACCAAAAUGGAAUGACUACUUACUGGCGUGUAGCAAGCCAAAGCAAGUCAACGACAAACAGACAGCUGCACCACCAGCCACCCCUGCUAAUGCAACUAUGCCUACUGCACCGAUUGAAAGGCCUGCAGGACGGGACAGUGUGAAGAGAUGCUGUUCAACCGUGGAGGACUCAGCAUCUAGUGUUGCUCUGGAAAUGUUACAAAAAAUUCAUACCAGAGGACGGCAGAUGGACGAGCAGGAAGCAAAGCAGAAGGAGGAGCUGGUAGCUAUUGAACGGGCCAAGUUUGACCUGCAACAGCGAGCAGUGCUCGCGAAGAUUGAACAGGGUGACAAAAAGCUUCAGCUGCAAAGGGAGAUCAUGGAAACAAAUCAGUUCCGGACGGAAGCCAAAAUAAUGUUCACUGAUCUAAAUGCCUUGCACCCUUCUAUUGGUUACUGGAUGGUCAAGAAGCAGAGGGAUAUUUUGAUAAGGGAAGGUAUAAACCUGGAUGAGGUAGAGUCCUCAUCUGCUGGUACCCAGAACGACCGCCCCUCGGGAAACAAUUAG